AUGUCCACCGCAAGCGGAAACACCACUAACCCUAGCAAGCUAGAGGAAAUGAAGCUUAAGAAGCCGGAGAGGAAAGAAGCUACUGCGAUGCCCAAGUUUCCUAAACCUGACAUGUUUGAUGGAGCGAAGGGGGAUGACGACGAAAGCCAAAUAGAACUCUUCUAUGACGGACUUAGGGAAGACGUGAAAGAUAAGAUCUAUAAGGAAGAUCGACCAGACACUCUCGACACCUUCAUCGAAAUAGCGAUUAAGAUCGACAAUCGCAACUAUGCUAGACGUAUGGAAAAGGGUGGUCGAGGGGGGAACAACUUUCGACCUGUGAACCGACGCUAUCAGGCGAACAUAGGAAAACGACGAAACGGAUCCACGGCCUACAGAACUCACCUAGGCCCGAUAGAGCUCAACGCCACCGGAAAAGAGAAAGAAAAGAAAUACUAUAACUGUGGGAAGGCUAGACACUUCGCAAACAAGUGCAGAGCACCUAAGAAACAGUGGAAGCUAGUUGCUAAGGGAAAGGGAGUAUACGCGGCUUAUCGCGAAGAACUACCCGUCUGA